GAGAGAGAGCGAGAGCGAGGGAAGUGACGACUGGGGCUGUUGUUGGGACACGUGACUGUAGCUGCACUGAUCUGUUUUGACAAGCAGCGGGGAGGGAAGUGAGUGAGGAGGGGAGGCAGACUGUGAAGCAUCACGACUAGGGAAGGACUCACUGUUCCCUUUCAUCUGCAUUUUCGUCUGAAUAACAUUAGUAUCGACCUUAAGUCGUCUAGCUACAGCUGCCAGCUGGCAUGUCAACGGCGAAAUAGCGACCGUUGUUCAGUAAACGGUCGCGGCGGCGGCGGCGGAGGAGGAGAAGGAGGAGGAGGAGGGAAACGUCGCUAUCCGUGCUCCGGACUCGGUCGAGCAGAGAGUGAGGGGGUCCUGUUUGUUGUUGCUGCUGCUUUUGAAAAAAGUUUUUAAUGAAGACCGCGAAGGAGAGUCAGCACAGGUAGCGUUGAGAGUAGAUGGCGACGGCUGAGGUAGAAAAGUGGACCGUGUCCGCUCAACGUUUCGUGAGAGGAAUUGAUACGUUUUAAAUAUGUCUCCGUCGUAGCGUUAAAAUAAAUAAAUAAAUCAAAUACCGAGACCGUCCGUAAUCGGGAUCGGUGUUGUGGUGGUGGAGGAGCUGAGCUUGUGCCUACCUGCGCUAUACAGUGGGGGGUUGGGAUGUUUGGAAAGGUCGUCGUCACCACUAGUCGCUUAACCAAACAGUCACGAUAAAGUUAGUUAGUUGUGUUUGCUGACUAGCUGCUGAGUUAGCAGCCCCACAUACACACACACACACACACCAGCAGCAGCAGCAGCAGCAGCAGCAGCGUUACAGGAGGGGAGACACAGAAAUGCAUCGCGACGUAACUGUGGUCCAGGUGGAGGAAUUUGAGACAGGCUGUAAGAGUAGUCAGCUUGUUAGUUAGAUUACUCAGUAGUCGGAUUUGGUUACUCGACUCCACUUCACCUAACUGGCUUCAGAUCAGCUGUCUUUGUGUUAGUGUUGUCGGACAAUACAGUGCGACACGAUGGAAGCGUACAGUAGCAUGCUAACAAAGCACUGCUUUGUUGUUGGGUAGGGGGCAGCUGGCACCGACACCCAGGCUUCACAGCUGAUAUUAUUGCUUGAGCUAAUACAGCAGGUCUCAGUCAAGUCGACAGAGUGGUUCGGAGGGGAAGGGAAGAGGGGGGGUCCAGACACCGUUGUGUUGCUGUGAGUGUCUGUGUGAGAAAGAGAAGAACCUGAAGGCAACCUGAUGACACUGGACAACAUGAAGCCCGAGAGAGGGCCUUAGGUAAUGUGAUGAAUCACACCAAAGUGUGUGUCAGCGUGUACCACAGUGUGUUUACACUGAACAUAGUCUUGGCUACCGAGUGAACGCUCCGCUCUUAUCCUGGAGGCCUUUUUCCAUCCCACAUGACUCUAUACUGAUCUGUUGGCCUGAGGACACGGAGACAGCUGAGAGAUGCAACGGAGGAGUUUUUCGAGUAUGACGCCGAGGAGUUCCUGGUGUUCCUGACCUUGCUCAUCACAGAGGGAAGGACACCAGAAUAUUCUGUGAAAGGCAGAACCGAGGGGCUGCACUGUCCACCGGCCCAGUCGGCCAUGCCACCUCUUCACAAGCAUGAAUGCAGCGACAAACUGCCCCAGUGUCGGCAGGCAAGGCGAACCCGUUCAGAGGUGAUCCUGCUUUGGAGGAACAGCAUCCCCAUCAUGAUUGAGGUCAUGCUCCUUCCAGACUGUUGCUAUGGUGAUGAGUGCCCCCCGAGUGACCCCAUCAGCGACCCGGUCAUCAAACAAGAUGCUCUGCUACUGGAGAGAUGGACCCUGCAGCCAGUUCCAAGACAAAGCGGCGACCGCUUCAUUGAGGAGAAGACCCUGCUGUUGGCUGUCCGCUCCUACGUCUUCUUCUCCCAGCUCAGCGCUUGGCUCAGCGCCUCCCAUGGCAUCGUCCCCAGAAACAUCCUGUACAGGAUCAGUGCUGCUGACGAGGAGUUGGUGUGGCAGUUCUCCCAGCCGCCUUCAGAGCACAUAUUCCCUGUCCCAAACGUAUCCCACAGCGUUGCGCUGCAGGUUCGUGUCCAGUCGCUCCCACGCCAACCCACCUACCCCACUCUAGCCUGCAGCAUCCACACUGGCCUGCCUCCACUUUACAGCAAGACCCCAAGCCUCAACCCGAACUUCAACAGCCAUGGUGGCUUGCCCACCCACAAAAAGAGCCAGGACCCCAGCAAAGACAACCACCUUCAAAACUCCAACAUGUACAGCAAGAGCUCCAGCUCCAUGUCAGGCCUUCUCCUCAAUGGAUUACCCAUUCCUAAUCUUCCCAUCAACAACAUCCCCAUUAAUAGCCUUCCCCACACUGCCGUGCCACCUCCCUACAUCAAGAAGAGCCAGGAGCCCGGUGAAGACCAUACGUAUCAGAAUGGAGAGCUUCCGCAGGUCAACAUCCCCCAACGUCAGAGCUCUCCACUGUUCCACCGGUCCUCUCACUCUCCCACGCCACCCCGCGCCCACUCCCCCUCUCCGCUCCCUACAAGUAAAGCAGGGAAGUGGCUGUACUCGGCUCUCAAUGGCUCAUCUGACCCCACACAAGUAGAGGACUUUGGGUCUGGCACCAACAGCAGUGACAGGUUAAAGGGGCCCAUCCCUGAGCCACUGAGAGCUUUUAAAAAUUUCUCCCUUGCAGAGCCACCCCGCUGUCCCUCCCCAAGGCCCACUGCAACCGAGACAAACCCCCUGAUUGGCUCCCUGCUGCAGGAGAGACAGGAAGUUAUCGCCCGCAUCGCACAGAGGCUCAACUUCUGCGACCCCACAGCACCGCCACUCCCUCCCGGCCUUUUUGCUUCUGACAACCCUCCCAAAGCCAUGUGGGGCAGUAACCAUGAUGACAUAACUGCCAGUAAGACCAAAGAGCCCGAGGUACCACCCUAUGAGUCUGUGGGACGUGUGUGGCCCGGCCCCUUCAACACACCUGUGACUGACGCUUCUUUCAGCAAACGGGAGAGCUCGUCCCCUAAACCUGCAGCCUGCAGGAAGCUGAAGAUGACUGAGACGAGAGACGCAGAGGAGGAGAGGAACGGAGAGAGGCAGAGCGAGAAAGAGAAGGAGAAAGACAGGGAGAGGGGGAGAGACAGCUCCCUGAUCGCCCAGGCAGUACAAGACAUUACUAGACUCAUCCAGGAGAGACUGUCUGUCCCCUCUUUGUCCCCCAGACACAGCAGGAGUGGCAGCCCUCUGCACCACACACACACAACAACAGUCACACACACGGUUCGCACAUACUCUCACACCACACACGUCCCACAAGCCUCAUCACACACUGCCACCAACGGUUACGCCAACGGCCACAUACCUAGCCACGAACCUCAUAGAGGCAGCACGCACACCGCCGCCACACAUGCGCCCAUUUGCACAGACAAGCCCCAUGUCGAUCCGGGGACCGAACGCCAUUCGCCCCGGGCCCAAAAUGGUGCCCAUUUUACACUUGAAGAACCUUCAUUUAAAGGCCAGACCCACACCCAGGCUGGUCAGCGUUUACGAACUCCCGCACAGGAAAAGCUCAGAGUCAGGACACCCAGCAGCCAUGAAACCCCCUCUGCCUCCCCCGUCUUUGAGAAUAGCCCAAGAAAUGCCCAGAUCUUUAGUUGGACUUGCAAUGAUGCCAGCCCAGCCAUGAACUGUAACAUAAGCCACAACCAUAGCAAGCCUCAGCCUCAGUACCAGUCCCAGAUGCAGACCCAGAUCUCUGCGUCAGCCCAGGCCUCCUCCACGCAGGAUGAGAAUCAGGCGCCUUCGGGGUCUGGAUGCUUCAGCAGUCCAGACAUGACUCCCCCUUCUACUGUCCUGCGAGCUCACAGCCCCUCCCCUCUGCGUCCCUGCAACAGCUGGAAGAAACAGAAUCGUCACUCAUUAGACGCCACAGCGACCAAGGCUUUCCACCCCUGUACUGGGCUGCCUCUGCUCUCCAGCCCUGUUCCUCAGAGGAAAAAUCAAACAGGCUACUUUGACCUGGACACCUCUCUGGUUGGCUGUAAGGGUUUACCUUGGGCCUCUGGGAAAAGGGUGUGUCCAAAGAGAGAGGGGUACACAGAUGAGUCACAGCAGCUGUUCAGUGCCAGUGCUCCACCUGCCAGUCUCAGUCUGCUGGGAAACUUUGAGGAGUGUGUGCUGAAUUAUCGCCUGGAGCCUUUAGGGUUAGUGGAAGGUUUCACAGCAGAGGUCGGAGCCAGCGGGUCCUUCUGCCCCAGUCACCUGACCUUACCUGUGGAAGUGUCAUUCUACAGUGUCUCCGAUGACAACGCUCCCUCACCAUAUAUGGGUGUUAUAAACCUGGAGUCCCUGGGGAAAAGGGGCUACCGUGUACCUCCAUCAGGAACCAUUCAAGUGACCUUAUUCAACCCCAACAAGACGGUGGUAAAGAUGUUUGUUGUGAUGUACGAUCUACGAGCCAUGCCAGCUGGGCACCAGACCUUCCUACGCCAGAGGACCUUCUCUGUUCCCGUCCGCCGUGACACAAACAAUCAGACCAGCAGGAAGCCACUCGGCCAUGGACGCACCUUGCGCUACCUCGUUCAUCUGAGGUUCCAGAGUUCUAAGUCUGGGAAGAUCUACCUCCAUAGGGACAUCCGUCUGCUGUUUUCCAGAAAGUCCAUGGAGGUGGACAGCGGUGCUGCCUACGAGCUCCAGUCCUUCACAGAGUCCCCCAUUGACCCACCGUUCUCUCCACGCUGCUGAGGCCCGACUCCUGCCUCCACCACCGAAGCUUCAGUCACACCUCAAUGCCAGCGUUAGACUCUUAACUCAGCCCAUGGCCGGUGGAGAAAGCUCUGAAAGAGAAGCGAUUUUAAAGAUGGCAGUCAACAAGAAUCAAUUGGCCUGUGCCCAAAAUCCCAAGUUUCAUCCCCUCUGUCACCCAGAACUGACAAAGGGGGCAGCUAAGAUGCUGGGAGACUCGUCAGAAAUGAAAUUUUGUUCUCUGUCAAGUGCACGACCAUGGAUCAGAGAGUUUGGGUCAAAGGUUGCAGUCAUAGUGUAUGUUUCAGUUCCUGUACUCAUGGUUAAAAAGGCCUUAACAGUUGCGAUUGGUAAUUCUUCUUCGUCUAUCCCCUCCAGCGUCUGGCAGGAGAGUAAAGACCAGUGAUUGUCUACAGAAGCAGUUAGACACUUAAAUAAUUUCAGCAGAGAUGAGGCUACUUUACUCUGUUUACUCAAAUCAAAAUGGUAAUCAGAUCUCUACACAAUGAAUGUGUUCAAUCUCGAUUAGUUUCAUCAUAAAUAAAAAAAAGAAUAAGGCCCGUAAAAUUUGUUUUAAAUACAUGAAUAUUAGAUUGAUUGACCUAAAAGUGAACUCAGCUUUUGACCCUGUGAUUCCUGAGCUCGGAGCAGGUGGCAGACUGUGGCACAACGCCAUCCUCUCGUCCAAAAAAAAGAAAAAACCAUACGACGGACCACUAAAGAAGUCGAACAAGCAAUCAAGCUAGAUUCAACUGAAAAGUAUCACAGCAGAACAUCAGAAGUGCACUGUGGAUUUUUUUCUCAUUAUAACUGGAAAAUGAAACAGAAAAUAGUAAUAUUCUAAUACUUUUGUACUGUUACAGAACCACUUUACUGGAAGUGUUGCAAUAGGAAGAGUAACCUUAGUUUAGUGUUUACACAUUCACUUUCAGUUUACUUAACCAUCAGUUUAUUUAAUAUUUAAAUUAAUAUUUCAGUUACUACUUGUGGCGUCUGUCAUGCUAAGAUGAUGUAGUGCAAACUGUAUAUCAUAGUAUGUAUUUUUGACAUUAAUAUUCAAAUCUGAAAAAAAUAUAUCUAUAUAUCUUCUAAAGCAAUCUUGAAAGCUG